UACAUGUAUUCACUGUUCGCUAUAUCAAUGCGUUACAAAGUGUAUUGGAAAUUUGACAUUUGAUUCACAGGGAUGCAUAAUAAACAAGUAUAAGAUGUGGUUAAGGUUCCUAAACGUGUAAAACAAACAAAGGAGUUAUAAACAUUGAAACAGGUUUAACAGUUUGUCGUCUGCUACGUUUGUGUAUCUAUCAAAACAGUAUUGGCUUUGUUUAGUGCAACCGUGUGUCCCACUUCUGACAUGUAUGUAAACAUGGAUUAUUAGUCAGGAUGGCUGUGUUAAGGAGUUACUUUCGAUAGGUAGACAUCGGACUCAAUUACGAAUAACCGAGAUACGAUGGGGGACGUUUUGUCCCCGAAACGUCGGGAUGUGAUAGAUCGUCUGCGACGUCGGAUGGAAAUGUACAAACGUCGCCAAAACGGGCUACAGCAGAGAUACGAUUAUGGAAGCAAGGCUGUUUAUGAACAAAGCGGUCAACAUGCAUUAAUGCUUCGACAAAAAUGGCUAGAAAGUAAGACGAAGGCGAAAAAGCAGAGCAAAUCAAAGCCAGACAACACCGGAUCUGAAGUCGCUAAACAGAUACGUAAAAAGUUUGGCAAGGUCGAGGCGCCGUCAGCUGAAGUUCAGCAGCAAAUUCAGCACCACGCCGAAAACGUUUACCGCUUCGACGAUGAUGACGUCACUACUCCAUCGAAGGCUACCCCAGCGUCUGUCUCUAAUAAAACGUCGAACACCGACGGCGGUAACGCAUCCAUCGUCUCCGUGCAUAUAAACGUUCACCAAAUAAAUAACAGUGGGCCCCAGCAGGAUCAGAAGAUCUCAACUAACGUAACUGUCAAUCAAACAAUCCGGUCUCAAAGUGAAAAAGAGUCUGAUCCAAGCGUUGAAUGUAAGCAAGAGCCGUGUAACGAAGACGGUGGUAUCAAUAAAAGCACUGAAGAUAAUAACAAUGACGAGGAUAUAGGGGAUAUUGAUGAUAUACUGAACGCUUUCGGAAAAGACAAAGAUCUCGAUCUAAUUGACGAAUUAAAAAAGUUUGAUGAAAUUUAUAACAAGCAUUUACAAGAAUCAGAAGGUAGUGGUGAAAGUGGUCUAAGUACGUCCGAAAGUAGCAGUAUGUUCGCUCCAAACAUGUACAUGGACUCGUCUCAAGGUCAGGUGCGCUCGCCGCCCUAUCGCGGAACACCUGGGCAGACCGGAAACACCGCCAUGUCCGAAGGCGGCAUGGCCGCGGAGACGCUGAAGCAACUGGCGGCACAGCAUCAGCAGCACCAACCACGAGGUCAGAACAAGCAAUACGGUGCUGUCAAGGCAGCCAUUGACCCAUUUAGUGACAUGUCCGAAACCGGAAACUUUAACAGUUCUAGAAACGGUUAUCCUCAGGAAUAUUAUAAUGGUGCCGUACCCUCCUCAUACCAGGGGCAGGUUAGUAUUGCGUAUCCGAACAAACAGUCUGUGGCUGGAUAUAACAAUAAUAAAAUGACUCCCUACACUCCAACCACCCAGGCGGACGCAGGGCCUUCUUCGCUCCAACAGCUACAGAACCAGGUCGCGCACUUCAACCACGGUCCCCAGAUGGAGAUCACUCAGACGCAGCAUAUGCAGCUCUCCGACGGCUCACACCGGAUGCAGAUGUCGCAGACCCAGCAAAUACAGCUGCGGCAACCUGCCUUCCCUACAAAUAUCUCACUGACGCAGCAACAGGGCUUCUCGGCCUCGCCCGCCGCUAUGGGACCAAGCACCACCCAGAGUCAGAGCUACAUGGGCGAUCAGAUGUCCAUGCAGGCACAAAUGAUGCAGAAUAAAAUGCAUCCUGACCAAAGACACAUGCCGCCUCAGUAUAUAAAUCGGCCGCCACCGGAGUACAAAAUGCAACACGGUAACGGAAUGGCCAGCGGCAUGGGCGCUAAUGGUAUGGGACCAAACCCGCUAGAGACCAUUCAAAACAUGGUUAAUCAAACAAAUACUCAUCCUAAUCAAGCAUACUCAUCAGUGAAAAGUGAAUCCAGUGAUAUGCAAAAUGGCAUGCGGACUGCUCAAAUGUCAGCCAUGCAUCAGCAACAAAUGGGUUUAACAAUGUCUCAGGCACAAAUGAACUAUUCCAAUCAGUCCAUGCAGCGACAGGCGUCAUUUCCAGGCGCCUUGGCGCAUCAAAUGGCCGGUCGACCUCAACGUCCGAACACCCCGACUUACACCAGUGCAAUCAUGCGUAACCAAAGACCUCCGAAUGUGAAUAUUGGCCCAGACGGACUUAAUAUUUCUCAGCCCCGCCACCCUCAGGAGUGGGCGCCCCGGGGCAUGAAUCCCAUGGCCGCUCAGGCCGUACGACCUGGCGUCCCUUCGACGUCGGCAAACAUGAUGCACUACCGGUCGUACUCGACCGACGGUGGUGCUGCUCAAAUGCAAAUGCAGCACGCGGGCGUCCGCUCUAUGCACAUGGACACAAUGCAAUCGCAGCAAGCCGCCAUGAUGCAAAACAACGCGCAUGCGCAACAGAUGAUGAUGCAACAACAGCGGAUGCAGAUGACGCAACAGAUGAGUUCCGGUUCCCGACAGACCCCACCAUACAGUAUGCCCCAACAGGGCCCGGGGCCUCAAUACCCUCAAACCAGCUCAUCACAGGACGACAUUCUCAACCUCCUUGACUCCGCUCCCAAUCAGAGCACUGACUUCUUCGAUGUUCAAACGUCGGGUGGAAACAGUGAGGCCAACUGGUACGACAUUGAAGAUAUACUGGGCACGGCAGUGAAAUAAAGCACGCCCGAGUGUUCACUAUGAUGGUUCAUGUGGUUUAAACUUAUAUCCGAGUCUGUGAUAUAAGACUGUAAGGCCCACAGAAGGGCUUGCUCUGUGCUACACAAGUGUGCUACUGCGAACUAUUCCGCGGUCACUCUUCUGGAGAACGGGAGACGGUACUUGCCUGUUGAGGCGUGGUCGAGUCGUCGAGGAAUGGUGUGACAGUGUCUGAUGUAUCACAUCGUUGGUGAUAUGGUAGCUGCUGUAGAUACUCACCUUAUUUUUGUUUAGAAAGUGCUGUUUUCGCUGUCUGUGCUUAGUGGACACAUUUUAAUAGAUAGAAUAACCGCAAGCCAUUGUUUGAAAUUAAUUUGAAUAAGUUCAUUUAUGCGUACAAGUUUUUGUGCAAGGUUCCAAUUAUGUACAUAGACUUAACAGCAAUCAGAAUGUAUCGAAGCAUUCAAAACAAGGAAUCAAAUCAAAGUUUAACUUGUGAUAUCUUUUUCUCGAAUGUACAAACGAACAUAAAGAGUUUUGUGUUGAUCAAAUAACAGUUCCAAAAACACAUAAAAGGAUAGUUGUUUUGUUUCAGUAUAAGAUUACAAUAUCAUUUCACCAAGUGCGCAUCAAAAGCUAAAGCCACGAUUGAAUUUACUUUUUGGAGUUCGCGAAAUGAAAUUUAACACGAUAUUGCACGCAAUGAACAUCUCUUAUUUCUAUAAUAUGCCUUAAAAGGAUUUUAAAUGGUAAGUUAACUGUAUUCUUUCUUAAAGCGCACCAAGUUGCAUGACAACGUGACGUCAUAACAGACGUUGUUGAAUUGUUUCCCAGCCCUUUGCGCGCUUCAUUUGAUUUGGGCGUUAGAGCGGGCUAAAAUUAAAAAACGGUGAACAGUAUCAAAUCCAUAUUUUCAUUUUGAACCAGUAAAAUAUCAUUUAUAUUUCACUGAUAAAUUACUAUACAAAUACUUAAGAUGAAAUAUUACACAUGUGUUCUUUUUCAAAACUUUUGAAAUCAAAUAUGAAACAGCUAUGAAUAAACCAAAUACUUGCUGUGAACUUUUUGGCAUACUUGUUAAAUGCAAUGUAUGAGAUAUAUUUUUUUGACCUUAGUAAUAAAGAGCCAACAAUAUUUUUCAGUAGCUUUAGGCAUUUUUGUCUGUACAUAGAGGGUUCUUUAUAUGGAAAUAUUACCUUUGUAUCUUCAAAACAUGUGCUGCAUUGUAUAUGAGUUUCCUAAUUUCUCUAAGAUGUCUACCUCUGAUUAAUAUAUUAGUUUAAACUUCUUCAGAACAGGUGCAAACAUUUCAUCCAUCAUUUCAUUGCUUCUGUAUGAUUUUUAGACCAUUCUUUUGCACUCUUUUAAGCCUUUUUUAGGAAGCUAAACGAGUUUUGUAAUUUGCAAUGAAUAAUUUCACUUAGUUUUAGCAGUUUAUUAUAUUUUUAAAGAAAAAUGAUAAAAUAGUUGUCUCACUGUUUUAUACCGUUCUUUAUUAAUUGUUUUAAAUGACAUGUUUUGUUGAUUUAUAAGCAUUAUUGAUGUAAAAUUAUUUAUUUUACAAAUCAUUUGUUUAAUGCGUUCGUGUACACUUUGUUAAAAUUGAUAUAUUGUAAUGAAAUCUCCAAAAUUGUUAUUUAAAAUGUAGAAAAUAAAAUGAAUCAAAAUUG